CCACCUUUUGUCUCUGUCUUUCGCUCUUUCCUUCUUUUAAGUUCUUUUGUUCUUUAAUUUGACCUGGGUUUACAGUAAACAAAAGGGAAGAAAAAUGUCGAGCAGCGAUGAAUUCAUGGAUGACAUGAAUGGGAAUGGGGAUUCAUAUGGGACGGUGAACCGGAGGUUCAAAGAUCGAGCCGAGCAAGUGGCGAAAACGAAGGAGAUUUUGUCCAAACAAGCGGUUCAAACGAAGGAAAUGUUGUCGAAACAAGCUGUUAAGAUCGCUAAACAAGCUGAAGAACAUGAGCGCUUUAUCAAUAAGGUGACUCAUCUUUUGGGGGUUCUUGGAUUUGGAGGGUUUUGCUUUCUAUUGGGAGCAAGACCACAAGAUAUUCCUUAUGUAUAUUGUGUGUUCUAUGUUACCUUUGUUCCUCUUAGAUGGAUAUACUACCGUUUUAAGAAAUGGCAUUAUUAUCUUCUGGAUUUCUGCUAUUAUGCCAACACAAUCUUCUUGGUUGACCUUCUUCUGUAUCCGAAGAAUGAAAAACUUUUCAUGAUUUGUUUCUCAUUUGCCGAGGGACCGCUAGCGUGGGCGCUCAUUGUUUGGCGUUGUAGCUUGGUUUUUAGUUCCGUGGACAAAAUUAUAAGCGUCCUUAUACAUCUUUUACCGGGGAUCGUUUUUUUCACAAUUCGAUGGUGGAAUCCCGCAACCUUUGAAGCCAUGCAUCCCGAAGGUACUACUCACAGAUUUUCAUGGCCUUACGUAGAAGACAAAUCUUACCUAUGGACUUGGCUGUUCGGGGUUCCCUUAGCUGCUUAUACUCUUUGGCAAGUUCUUUAUUUCCUCAUUGUCAACGUGCUACGUCGCCAGAGGCUGCUAAGAGAUCCCGAAGUCAUGACUUCUUACAGGGAACUUUCUAAAAAAGCACAGAAAGCAAACAACAUAUGGUGGCGUUUAAGUGGGUUGCUCGGGGAUCAAAACCGUUUGUUGAUGUACAUUUUACUUCAAGCCGCUUUUACGGUCGCGACCAUGGCACUCACGGUCCCUAUCUUCCUAUCAUACGAAUUCCAUGCAAUUUUCCAAAUACUCAAGGUUUCUGCAUCUGUAUGGAAUGGAGGAAGCUUUCUGUUGGAAGUGAUGCCGAGACAAGUGAUUGUGAAGGAGAAAAAGAAAUCCGGGAAUCAGGUGCCGUGCCAACAACAAGAUCAGCACUCAGAUUUAACCGAAAAUGCAAUGCAGGCGAAUGGAUCCUCCGUGACCCACCAGUCUGAAUAGUUGUAAAAACCUUGGGCAAAACAUGGAUGGGGUGUGUUGUGUUGCAGGUUGGCUUUUUUAUGACAGUCCUAACAUGUAGUUUUAAUUGUGAAUCUGUAAUAAUUUUAUCAACUUUUUACCCUCAAAACUUAAAACCUUGUAGAAUUAAAUUAAAAACUAUUGUAAAUAUAGUAAGAAUCGUUUUGUCAAA